AUGACACAAUCUUGUUGCUGUAGUCAUUCAUCGAAGGGAAACUCCCACAGGAAAAGGCAUAAAGCUGCUCAGGGAAGGCGAAGAGGCUGCACAGUGCUAGGCAGCCAAACCCAGGCUUCGAUUCACACAGAGCUAAGCAUGAGUACCAGCCAAGGCCCUUUCCAGUUUUUUUCUGGGUCCCUCAGGGGUAGUUCAGGGUGUGGUUUGGCCCAGCCAGGAGCUCCUUACAGACCGUCAGGUGCAGCCGGUGGUGCCAGCAGCACACAUCCCUUCUCCUCCGGCAGACCCCUCUGGCUGGCUGCUGCAGGAGGGGCUCCCUGGGGAGGCUUCGGCGAGCACCAUGGGGAAAGCAUCUUCCUGGGGGGGAAUGAGAAACAGACCAUGCAGAACCUGAAUGAGCGCUUGGCUGCCUACCUGGACAAGGUCCGUGCCUUGGAAGCAGCCAACGCUCAGCUGGAGAGCUGCAUCCUAGAGUGGCACAGGACAAAGUCUCAUGGCAAGAGGCAUGACUUCAACCAGUACGAGCAAAACGUCACUGACAUGCAAAGACAGAUUGAGGAUGGCAAGAUCACCAAUGCCAGUAUCCUUUUACAAAUCGACAAUGCCAACAUGGCCUCGGAAGACUUCAGGCUCAAAUACGAAGCAGAGAAGUGCCGCAGGCAGGGAGUGCAGUUGGAUGUGGAGAACCUGCGCAAGGAGCUCGACGGCCUCACCAUCAUCACCACAGACCUGGAAAUGGAAAUCGAGGGCUUGAGAGAAGAGCACAUCCUCAGGAGGAAAGACCACGAGGAGGACAUGGAAGCCAAUCGCUCCUCACAGGACUUCAAAGUCAAUGUCAAAGUGAACACAGCUCCUCCCGAGGACCUGGGCAAGAUCCUGGCAGGAAUCCGAGAGGAUUACGAGGCCAUCAUUGAGAAGAAUCGCCUGAGCCUGGACAACUGGUACAAAGAACAGAGCUCAGCCACGUCCCUGGCAGCAGCCCCGAACCCCGAGCAGAUCCAGCGCAACGAGAGCGAGAUCAAGGAGCUCACACGGACUCUGCAGUCCCUGGACAUUGAGCUGCAGGCUCAGAUGAGUAAGAAACACAUGCUGGAAGACACCUUGGCCGACACUCGGAAUUACUAUGCUGCUGCACUGCAGAACAUGCAACAGAUCAUCUCCAAGUGUGAGGAGGACCUGACCCAGGUUCGGCACGACAUGAAGCAGCAAAAUAACCAAUACAAGGUUCUUCUGGGGAUCAAGACCCGCCUGGAGAAGGAGAUUUCCACGUACCGCCUGCUGCUGGAAGGGAAUGCUGACGGGACAGCAAGAGAUUCUGAAGCUAAAGACCACGCCGGGCUGAGCGGCCGGAAAAUCAAAGCCAUUGUCCACGACAGUGUGAACGGGCAGGUGGUGUCCUCCACCAUCAACGAGAUCCCCCCACAGGCCUGA